AUGCAUUUUAUGAACUUUCUCUUCAAACGCAAUCCGUUGGAGUCGCGCCAAUCGCAAAGUCCAUCACAAAUUGACGUUCAAUUCGGCUUCAAAGAAUAUUCGCCAACACUCCAGACCCCAACAGCCACAUUCGGGGGCGUGUGUAAUUAUGAGACAGACACCCAAGACCAGCGCAAAGAUAUUCGUGGCAAACUCAUAUCCGCAUUCAACGAGGCCUUGAAGAUCCCGGAGGCGAAAUUGCAGACGAUCAAAGAUGUGGUCGGCCUUCUGCAUGUGGCAUCUUUGCUAAUUGAUGACAUCGAGGAUUCUUCCACGCUCCGACGCGGGUUUCCUGUAGCUCACAGGAUCUUCGGCAUACCACAAACAAUCAAUUCGGCCAAUUUCAUGUAUUUUCAAGCUCAAAGUAGAUUGUCCCAGCUACAUCAACCAGAUGCUUUUGAAAUAUUCACAGAAGAGCUUCUAAGGCUUCAUCGGGGUCAGGGCAUGGAUCUUCACUGGAGAGAUUCCCUCACAUGCCCUACGGAGGAAGACUACAUUGAGAUGAUAUCAAACAAGACCGGAGGUCUAUUUCGACUCGCGAUCAAGUUGAUGCAGCUACAGAGCGAGAGUUCACAGGACUAUGUGCCUUUGGCAGAAACAUUAGGAAUCUUGUUCCAAGUCCGGGAUGACUAUCAGAAUUUACAAAGCCAGCUUUACAGCGACGGAAAAGGCUUUGCUGAGGAUAUCACGGAGGGGAAAUUCUCUUAUCCUAUUAUACACAGUAUCCGAAACAAUCCUGGGGACUUUCAACUGAUAGACAUUCUUCGGCAAAGGACUGAUGACGAGGCGGUCAAGUUAUACGCUAUACAGAUCAUCGAGUCAACUGCAAGUUUCAAAUAUUGUCGCCAGAAGAUGACGACUUUGACAGCCCAGGUCAGGGGUAUGCUGGAUAGUAUGGGAGAGGAGGAUGACUUAGCGGGGCUAAGCAGCUUACUAGAUUUGUUGAAAAUCAAGGAGUAG